AUGUCAUCUCUGACUUUAUCAUUGGCCCCACCAGCCUUGGUGCGGCUGCACGACGUGCUGAUAUGUCUGUCCAAGUUCAGUGACACUGUUGCCAUUGAGGCUGAGCAUGAUCUGCUCCGCUUGAGUGCGCUCAACUCGACGAAGACCGCGUUCGCCUCUUUUGUCUGCGAGAAGGAAGUGUUCUUCGAGACUUACGCGUUCAAUGUCCGUAAGGACAUUCGGUCUUCAAGCGGAAGUACUGCAGGAGAUCGAUUCUACUGCCAGAUUCUUCUCAAGACGCUUCUGUCUGUCUUUCGAGGAAGGGUGGACCGGAACAAGGACACGGCCGUGGAGCGUUGUGACAUGGAGCUUCAAGAAGAUCCGCAAGAGACAGAAUGCCGAUUGACUAUUAAGAUGAUCUGUGGACUUGGUGUAAUCAAAUCUUAUAAGCUCACCUACGAACCGGCGUCAAUCCAGCAUGCCGUGUUCGAUAAAGGCAGGGCGACGAAUCAAUGGACUGCAGAUCCACGAUUCCUGAAGCAAAUUAUUGAACAUUUCAGCUUAUCCGCCGAGCAGCUGGAUAUUUACUCCGACUCAGGAAAGGCAGUGUUCACGAGUUUUACGACGAAGAUUAUGGAUGGAAAAGAGGUCCUUAAAUACCCCGUGCACACCUCCGUGGCUGCCGACAAGCGGGAUUUCGAGGAAAUCCAAAUCGAAGACAACAUGCACAUUGCGAUCAAUUUGAAGGAUUUUAAAGCCGUCGUCGCCCACGCCGAGACUGCCAAUGCAACGGUCACGGCACGAUAUACACAGCCUUGCAAGCCACUGCAGCUGGCAUACGACUUCGAAGGUGUCAAUGCCGAGUUCACGAUCAUGACGCGGGGUGAGGUAGAAGGCGAGACAGCACCGGCUUCAUCUCGAGUCGGAAUGCCACAGCUUUCACAGCGUCAUACACCUGCGCCCAUCUCUUUGAACAGGAUGAAUACUCCUCGCGGUGCAACGCCAAAUACACAGAUGCUUCCGCCCCCGCCGCGGAGUCGGUCCAUUCGUCCCUUGAAUGGGUCGUCAACACAGGAGCAUCUUGCUCCCACCGCAGUGUCAGAUCGGCCUUCUGCAUCGUCGGUCUCGAUGGACUAUGAUAGUCUCUUUGUGCCGGCUGAUGAUGAUCGCCAAUGGGAUGAAAUGGAUGAGCAAGAGGAGCCGCAGGAUAUUCUUGGGUGGGAUGCGUCGGGUAGACAGGAUAACUCUGAGCCGACUCUCCAAGAAGCGGAGCCUGAUUUCCCUAAAAUCGCCGAUACGCGUCGUCGGCCUCCAAAGGAUGAAAUGGGCGUUCCGCCGACACAACGCAUGUCACAGGUUCGAGGGCUUGGUCUCUUCGAUUGA